AUGGCAGACACGGACCUGUUUAUGGAAUGUGAAGAGGAGGAACUUGAACCGUGGCAGAAGAUCAGCGAUGUGAUCGAGGAUUCCGUGGUGGAAGAUUACAACUCGGUUGACAAAACGGCUACAGUGUCUGUCGGCGUGCAGCCAGUGGCCAGCCCAGUGCCGAUCGCGGCCCACGCGUCCAUCGGCAGUGGCCUCCCCACCACGCCCGUUAGCAGCAGCGGCACCUCCGGCAGUGACAGCACGAAGAAGACGCUGGUGACUCUCUUUGCAAACAAUAGCACCGGCACGCCUCUGGUUCAGCAAGGGGGCCAGCCCCUCCUCCUGGCUCAGAACCCCACCUCGGGGCUAAGCACGGUGGUGACCCAGCCCGUUCUCCGGCCUGUCCAGGUCAUGCAGAAUGCAAACCACGUGACCAACCCUCCAGUGACCAGCCAGCCCAUCUUCAUCACGACUCAGGGUUUCCCGGUGCGCAACGUCCGCCCUGUGCAGAACACGAUGAACCAGGUGGGGAUCGUCCUGAACGUGCAGCAGGGUCAGACCGUCCGGCCGAUUACGCUCGUCCCAGCCCCAGGCACCCAGUUUGUGAAGCCCACCGUCGGCGUCCCUCAGGUUUUCUCCCAAAUGGCCCAGGUGAGACCCGCUCCAAGCAUGCCGGUCCGGCCGGCCUCCAACACCUUCACGACGGUCAUUCCAGCCACCCUGACCAUCCGGAACACGGUCCCACAGUCCCAAGCGCAACCGCAGAGUAAGUCCUUUCCUUCAGCAUCUCCUCCUCCUCUUCUGUUUUUGAACGAAAACGACCGGCUUCUCUCCUUGUCCUUCCCGGCAGUGAGCAUUGCGAGUUUUGUCACGAUGAAGAAACCCGGCAUGGCGGGGGCGGAGAACAGCAACGAGGUGGCCAAACUGGUGAACACCCUGAACACGGUCCCUUCGCUCGCUCAGAGCUCGGGCCCCCUCGUGGUGCCCAACCACAGCCAGGCCCACGGUUCCCACAGGACGGGCAUCUCCGAGCCCUCCUCCCAGAAAGUCAGUUCCUCGCCGAUCCCGGUGUUUGACCUGCAGGACGGUGGGCGGAAAUCCUGUCCUCGCUGCAAUGCCCAGUUUAGAGUCACCGAAGCUUUGAGAGGCCACAUGUGUUACUGCUGCCCCGAAAUGGUGGAAUUCCUGAAGAAAGGGAAGCCCCUGGAGCCCGAACCCAAUAUCCAAGCCCCCAAGCCCCCUUCCCCGGAUAAAACGGCCGCCGUGGCUUCGCCCCCCUCCUCCACCCCCAUCCCCGCCCUGUCGCCGCCAGCCAAACUGUCCGAGCCGAGCGACGGCGCCAGCGAGGGGGUGCAGAGCAAGCUGAUCAUGCUGGUCGACGACUUCUACUACGGCAGGGAUGGGGGCAAAGUGAGCCAGCUGUUGAACUUCCCCAAGGUGCCAACCUCCUUCCGGUGCCCGCACUGCACAAAGAGGCUCAAGAAUAACAUACGGUUCAUGAAUCACAUGAAGCACCACGUGGAGCUGGACCAGCAGAACGGAGAGGUGGACGUCCACACCAUCUGCCAGCACUGCUACCGACAGUUCACCACCCCCUUCCAGCUCCAGUGUCACUUGGAAAACGUCCACAGUCCGUACGAGUCCACCACCAAGUGCAAGAUCUGCGAGUGGGCUUUUGAGAGCGAGCCCAUGUUCUUGCAGCACAUGAAGGACACGCACAAGCCCGGGGAGAUGCCCUACGUCUGCCAGGUUUGCCAGUACCGUUCGUCGCUCUACUCCGAAGUGGACACCCAUUUCCGGAUGGUGCACGAGGACACCCGCCACCUCCUCUGCCCGUAUUGCCUCAAGGUCUUCAAAAACGGCACGGCGUUCCAGCAGCAUUUCAUGAGGCACCAGAAAAAGAGCGUCUAUCACUGCAACAAGUGCCGCCUGCAGUUCCUCUUUGCCAAGGACAAGAUCGAGCAUAAGCUACAGCACCACAAAACGUUCCGUAAGCCCAAGCAGCUGGAAGGGCUGAAGCCGGGCACCAAGGUGACCAUCAGGGCCUCCCGAGGUCAGCCACGGACGUUGCCCCUCUGCGCGAACGACGUGCCCCCGGGCCUCCUCCAGGAUGCCGCCUUGCUCUCGGCCUCUUCGGACCCCCAGCCGAACUUCCCCUACCCGCCCUUCCAGAGGAGCAUCCAGAAGAAGGCCGUCCGGAAAAUGAGCGUCCUUGGCAGACAGACCUGCCUGGAGUGCAGUUUCGAAAUCCCGGACUUCCCCAACCACUUCCCCACCUACGUCCACUGCUCGCUCUGCCGUUACAGCACCUGCUGCUCUCGCGCCUACGCCAACCACAUGAUCAACAACCACGUCCCUCGCAAAAGUCCGAAAUACUUGGCCUUGUUCAAAAACUACACAGCUUGUGGGGUCCGGUUGGCCUGUUCCGCUUGCCUCUUCGCCACCUCGGAAGGGGACGCCAUGGCCAAGCACCUGGUCUUCAACCCCUCUCACGAAUUCAGCAACAUCAUUCUGCGAGGCAAGACGCGGCCUGGCUGUCCUGCUUGGAGUUCCCAUCCAAGGCCUGUCCAGCCUUUCGAACGAGGCACCAAGCCUUCCGCCUCCCCCUCCCCGCCCAGCAAAGCCAUCACUGUGAACGCGCCGUCUCCGCCGCCCGCGGAGGAGGAGGAGGAGAAGCUGCCCCAGGAAGCGCCGGGCGUGGUGCCCGAGCCGAUGCCCGAGGCCAGCCAAUCUCCCGCCGCCAUCGCCGCCGUCGUCCCGGUCCAGGAGAACGAGGGCCCGAACGUCUUGACCGUGGACUGCCGCGAAGAGGAGCCCGAGCCCAAGGAGGCUCCUGAGCCCAUCAGCAGGAAGGAGCAGCUCUCUGUGAAGAAGCUGCGGGUGGUUCUCUUCGCCCUCUGCUGCAACACCGAGCAGGCAGCGGAGCACUUUAAGAACCCGCCCCGGCGGAUCUGCCGCUGGCUGAGGCGCUUCCAGGCUUUCCAGGAGGAGAACGUGGCUUCCCUGUCGGAGGGCAAGUACCUGAGCCUGGAGGCGGAGGAGAAGCUGGCGGAGUGGGUCCUGGCGCAGCGCGAGCAGCAGUUGCCGGUCAACGAGGAGACCCUCUUCCAGAAGGCCACCAAGAUCGGCCGGUCUCUGGAGGGCGGCUUUAAGAUCUCCUACGAGUGGGCCGUCCGGUUCAUGCUGCGGCACAACCUCAGCACGCACAACCGCCGGGCGGUGGCCCACCCGCUCCCCAAGGACGUGGAGGGGAACGCCGGCUGCUUCGUCGAGUUCGUGCAGGGCCAGAUCCACACCCAGGACCUGCCCCUCUCCAUGAUCGCCGCCAUCGAUGAGCUCUCCUUCUUCCUGGACGCGGAGGUCCUCUCCAGCGACGACCAGAAGGAGAACGCCUUGCAGAUGGUGGGCACCGGGGAGCCCUGGUGCGACGUGGUCCUGGCCAUUUUGGCCGACGGGAGCGUCCUGCCCACCGUGGUCUUCUACCGAGGCCGCCUGGAGCAGGCCGCCAACGUGCCGGAGAUGAUCCUGCUGGAGGCCAAGGAGAGCGGCUACAGCGACGACGAGGUGAUGGAGGUCUGGUCCUCCAAAGUGUGGCAGAAGCACAUCGAGCGCCAAAGCAGCAAAGGCAUGCUGGUUCUGGACUGCCACCGGACGCACCUUUCCGAAGAGGUCCUGGCCAUGCUGAGCUCGUCCAGCACCUUGCCGGCGGUGGUGCCGGCCGCCUGCAGCUCCAAAAUCCAACCUUUGGACGUUUGCAUCAAAAGAACGGUGAGAAACUUUGUGCACAAAAAGUGGAAGGAGCAGGCCAAGGAGAUGGCGGACUCCUCCUGCGACUCGGACAUCCUCCUGCAGCUCGUCCUGUGCUGGCUGGCCGAGGCCCUGGAGGUCAUCAGCGACUGCCCCGAACUGGUGCAGCAGUCGUUCCUGGUGGCCAGCGUCCUGCCCGGCCCGGACGGCACGGCCAACACGCCCAGCCGCAACGCCGACAUGCAGGAGGAGCUGAUCGCGUCGCUGGAGGAGCAGCUGAAGCUCAACGGCCAACUGCAGGAGGAGGAGGGCGACCUGAACGAGGGGGGGCCGGCGGAGGAGUGCACCAGCCCCGAGAUCCUGCACCAGCUCUUCGAGGGGGAGAGCGAGACGGAGUCCUUCUACGGCUUCGAGGACGCCGAGCUGGAGCUGAUGGAAGCGUGA